AAAUAAUACGGGAUUACCCGUGAAAUUUCCCAAAACAAAACCAUAUAAGAAAAAGAAGAAAGAAAAACGAACAAAAAAUUGUGAAGAUUGAGUUAAGCUAAAAACUAUUCUGCAGAAGAUAGAAGUAUUUGAGAGAAGUCCUUCAACAACGUUCUAUAAACAUAUCACACAUGAUAUUCUAAUAUACAAAUACAACCAGUAGUGUACACGAUGAAGGAGAAGCAGCUUGAUGAUGGAGGUGAUACUAAUAAAGGCCGAAACUUUGAAGUGGACCCCAAUCUUCCUAAAUCUUUUUGUCAGAAUUGUCGUCAUCCUCUUUCCAUCGUCGGAGUCGUCGAUUCUUUCGGGUUACAGGGCUCAUCACUCCAAGGAGCAGGCAGUGUAUUGGCUUCCUCACAUAUGGACCAUUCGUUUGUCGUGUUGCCAAAGCAAAAGUCUCAGACACCUGGUGCUUCUCCUCGUCCCCGAGGCGGUGGGGUUCAGCAGGAAACGUCUCCGUCUGGUAAGAUGAUGGAUGAGUCGUUUGUGGUGUUGCCUCCAGCGCCUGCUUCUGUAUAUCGGAGUGAGUCCCAAGCUGAUGGUAGUGGAACACAUGCUCAAUCUGUUGAUGGCAGUCCUAGUAACCAGUUAAACCCAGCUACUUCUGGGUUUCACUCGACGAUAACUGUCCUUAAACGUGCUUUUGAAAUUGCAACCGCGCAUACCCAGGUGGAGCAGCCACUGUGCCUCGAGUGCAUGAGGGUGCUGUCAGAUAAGCUUGAUAAGGAGGUUGAAGACGUCGAUAGGGACGUAAAAGCUUAUGAAGCCUGUCUUCAGCGGUUGGAAGGUGAAACUCGUGAUGUUCUUAGUGAGGCUGACUUCCUCAAGGAAAAAUUAAAGAUUGAGGAGGAAGAAAGGAAACUUGAAGCUGCGAUUGAAGAAACUGAGAAGCAGUGCUCAAAAGUAAAUGCUGAACUGAAAGAAUUGGAGACGAAGUCUAGCCGCUUUAAAGAGUUGGAGGAAAGGUACUGGCAUGAGUUUAAUAAUUUCCAGUUUCAACUAAUAUCACAUCAGGAAGAGAGAGAUGCUAUAUUGGCAAAAAUCGAAGUCUCGCAGGCACAUCUGGAUUUGUUGAAGCGGACAAAUGUCCUAAAUGAUGCCUUCCCGAUCUGGCAUGAUGGAGAAUUCGGGACAAUAAAUAACUUCCGACUUGGACGUCUCCCUAAAGUUCCGGUUGAGUGGGAUGAGAUAAAUGCCGCUUGGGGCCAAGCCUGCCUUCUUCUCCACACAAUGUGUCAAUAUUUUACGCCAAAAUUUCAUUACAGGGUAAAAAUACUUCCUAUGGGAAGCUAUCCACGGAUUAUGGAUACAAGUAAUAACACUUAUGACCUGUUUGGGCCUGUAAACUUGUUCUGGAGCACUCGCUAUGACAAAGCAAUGACACUGUUCUUGACAUGCUUAAAGGAUUUCUCAGAGUUUGCCCGGAUGAAGGAUCUGGAGAAUAAUGUACCUCCUGAUAAAUGCUUCAAGCUGCCAUAUAGAAUUGAGAAUGAUAAAGUGGAAGCCUACUCAAUAACACAAAGUUUUAACAAGCCAGAGAACUGGACCAAAGCUCUUAAGUACACUCUCUGCAACUUAAAAUGGGCACUCUAUUGGUUUGUUGGCAACACAAGCUUUCAGCCUCUCUCUGGUUCUUCCCAAGCUGAUGCCACUGCUGCAGGCACUUCAUAUGUAAAGCGCAGUACCAACUCCAACUCUGAUUCUCGAUUUCCAUCUGGUCAAUGAUUUAGAUACCGACAAUUUGGUUCGACUACAUGUAUAUAUAUAGAUGAGAUCUUUGACAAGCUAGCUGAGUAGCGUAUUUCUGUACAGCUUUGAAAAUUCAUAAGUCGUACUCUUUUUUUUUUCUUUUUUCUUUAUCCCCUUCACACUUAGAACCUUGUUAGAUUUAUGUGAAUGUAAAUUUUUUACAUAAUAAUCUAUUCUCAGAAUUUUUACUAUUA